UUGGUGAACAAUUAUAGGAGGGUUUACUGACUUGGAACGAAACGGUCAACUGUGAUUGCUUUUUUGUUUAGAUACCCCACAGGGCUACGAUAUAACGGCGACCUGUACUGGUGACAAGGACGACAAGUAUUGUGGAACCGGCAAGUCGAACGGUUAUCAGAAGAAUGGCACGGCCAAAGAAAAAAACUUGCCAAUGUCUAACGUUAUAGCCUUUUGCUAAAACAUACGGCUGUUUAAUUAUUGUACAACGAACGACUCAACCAAGACAACUUUAUUUUAUUUGUUUUACUUUUUUUGUCCACACGACGUGGGUUUGACAUUUGCCAUAUAAAAUGGAGGUGACAUUCCUUUUGAAUGUAUAUUCCACACUUUUGUGCCUCUUUGCCGUUCUGAAUGGACUCGCCGACUGUACUGGAGGCUCCUCCAAUCAGAUGGCGCACUUCUCCUCUUACCAACUCACAGUCCCACGGUUGAUCUCCAACAAGCAGAGGCGGGAUGUGAGGGACACGCCAACCAAUCAGGUGUCCUACGGCAUUAGAAUCCAUGGAAAGGAACACCUGGUUCACAUGCAGAGAAACCAGCUGCUGCUGGCUCAUGACUUCACCAUGUUCACUUACAGUGAUAAUGGAACAUUGGUCACAAGCAGGCCACCUGUACAAGAUCACUGUCACUACCAGGGCUACAUUGAAGGCGUGGAAGGUUCUUCUGUCGCGAUGAGCAUCUGCGAUGGUCUCAGGGGUGUGCUCCAUCUAUCUAAUGAUAGCUUUGGAAUGGAGCCUUUAGACUCUGACCCACAGCAGCACAUAGUGUACCGCCUACAGGAUGUGACAUCACAGCCCAUGGGCUGUGGCACGCCACACAUAAAGCACGGGGACGCGACACAUGCCCAGUAUGGCUCAGAGGAAAGCCAUCGGAAUAUGGGUCACCACAAGCGGGUACGCCGUGCUGUUCUCCUUCAGACCCACUAUGUUGAACUGUUCUUGGUGGUCGACAAUGAACGGUAUAACUACAUGUAUAGGAAUGAGACGGCUGUGAGAGAACAGAUGGUUGAACUGGCAAAUUACAUUGACAGUAUGUAUGUGCCCCUGAACAUCCGCGUGGUGCUGGUUGGUCUGGAGAUCUGGGCCCAUCAGAACAAGCUCAGCACCAAGGGCUCGGCUGGAGAAGUGCUGAGUCGCUUCACCCAGUGGAGGGAGAAGGAGCUGCUGCCACGCCACCGCCAUGACUCGGCACAACUCAUCCUGAAGAAGAGUUUUGGCAGUACGGCAGGAAUGGCCUUCAUCUCAACCGUGUGUACACGGAGCCAUGGGGGAGGGAUCAACGCAUUCACUAAUAACAACCUGCCCUCCUUUGCAUCGAUCGUUGCCCAUGAGCUCGGUCACAACCUGGGGAUGAACCACGACGACGGGCGGGAGUGUGCGUGCGGCGCUGGAGCCUGCAUCAUGAACUCUACAGCAACUGGAUCUAGGAACUUCAGCAGCUGCAGUUCGGAUGACUUUGAGAAGAUGAUCUUGGCCACAGGCGGAACCUGUCUGCUCAACUUCCCCCGUCCAGACGAGGCCUACAGUGCCCCCUUCUGUGGAAACAGGCUGGUGGACAUAGGAGAAGAUUGUGACUGUGGAUCAGAGAAGGAGUGUCAGAAAGACCCUUGCUGUGAGUAUAAGACCUGUAAGCGGAAGCCUGGAGCCCAGUGUGCUUAUGGAGUCUGCUGCCACAAAUGUCAGUAUCUCCCAGGAGGCACAGUGUGUCGCUCGAGUACAGAUCAAUGUGAUCUUCCAGAAUAUUGCAACGGGACCACUGCUCUCUGCCAACCGGACAUAUUCAUACAGAACGGCCAGCCAUGCAUGAACCAGCAGGCCUACUGUUACAAUGGAAAGUGUCAACACCUUGAAGGACAGUGCAAAGCUAUCUUUGGAUCAAAGGCCAAAGCCGCUCCGGAGGUUUGCUUUAAAGAAGUUAACAGUAAGGGAGAUCGAUUUGGAAACUGUGGAUACCAAGAAUCCGGCUUCAAGAAGUGUGAGAGCAGGAAUGCGCUGUGUGGGAAGCUGCAGUGCUCCAACGUCCACACCACUAUAUUUGGAAUCGAUCCGUCCAUCAUCACCACGCCCAUCGGUGGCACCAAGUGCUUCGGUGUGGACUUCAUGCUGGGCACUGACGUACCAGACCCAGGCAUGGUGACCGAGGGCACCCCCUGUGGGAACAACAAGGUUUGUAUGAACUUUGAGUGCCGCAGUGAUGAUGUCCUCAACUACGACUGUGACGUGGAGACUAAAUGUCAUGGACACGGGGUGUGUAACAGUAAUAAGAACUGUCACUGCUCAGAGGGCUGGGCUCCGCCCCACUGUGAGGUCAGGGGUUACGGCGGCAGCGUGGACAGCGGGCCCACAUGGAAUGAUAAGGACACCUCGGUGAGGGACGGCAUGCUGGUCUUCUUCUUCCUGGUGCUUCCUCUCCUGGCCGUGGGGGCGUUUGCGUACCUGCGCAGGAACGAACUCCUGAGGCGUGUGGGCCUGGGGCGCAGGAAGCGGUCGCAGGGAUACGAGGCGGACAGCAGAUCUCCAGCCAAUUCCAGCAGAGUGCCACCUCCCAGAGGACCGCCCCCUGCUGUUACCCGCCCUAACCCUAACAGUGUCGCGAGGGACGGGGUGAGUUUCCAGCAUCAAGCUCUGCUCCAAGAAGAAAAGGUGGUGCAGACCAAUAGGACCGCUUCAGUUCCAUCCUAUGCAAUGAGACCACCUCCUCCUCCUCAGAAACCAACAGCUGCCAGCCAAUAUCUAGUGCCUCAAAGAUCUGCCCCGCCUCCCCCAGUCUAGCCAAUGGGGGAUGAAACAUGCAACACUUCCUCAUCACAGCCCAGUAGGCUUCUGACUGGUCAACAUUCACUGGCAACUUACCGGGGAAACUUACAGUCUACGAACAGAAAAAAUACUUUCUGUUCGACACAACUUUCUUUCUUUCGAUUCCCCUCCUUACUGACUGUUGCCACGGCAUAUUAACAACCACUGCUGCUGAGUGAUUGCACUUCCCCUUCUGCUCAGCAACGUCACAGGACUGUAACACACCGCAGAUGUGACCCCCCCCUCCCCCGCCCCUGCCCCCCAGCAACGGCUCACACGAAUGAUCAGCUUUUGGUGUGCUUGAUUCGGACUACCCUGCUUUUCCGGUGCUUGAUCUCUUCAAAUGGUACAAACCAUUAUAUACUGUGUUAAAUAGACCAUGGGCACAUUGACGCUUUCCUUGUUUUUUCUUUAGUUGAGGUACAUAAACGGCUUAUGGUGGGUCUUUUCUUAUCUUUAUAAUUUCUAAUGCAUUUUAGUUGAGUUAAUCAUUUAUAGGUCUACACCUGAAGCUUAUCACUGGAGCGGGAACCCUGUUCUAAAUCAGCGUCGUGUAUAAAUGUCUUCUGGGCAGUUUGCCUGAGAGCCACUAUCGAGCAGUCACGCAAACCACUAACGUCAUGCAGCCAGACCUCCCCUUGCACUCUCACACAUCAAUCCUAGUCGUAUUCUCUUGCAUACAGCACCUUUUAAGUAGUGUCAUGCUAAGGUAAGGACUAAACCCUAACCCUCACCUGGGUAAUUGGCAGGUUGAGCCAGAAUGCUCACCAUCAAAUGACUGACCUAAGAGUACCAGAGUCUGUUUGGGAAUUUUUCUUGGGUAUCGAGGCUUAGCGAGCAUCUCUUGCCAUGCGGGAUGGGGGCCUCGAUUUAAUGUCUUGUUUGAAAGAUGGCACGGUUAAAAUCCAAUCUCUGGCCUGCGGCAUUUAUUAUAAAGGAAAGAAGGUUGAGCCCCCCCUACUGGCUCUCCCAACACCUCCACCAGCACUCACCGGUGCCCCAUACCAGGGUAGACCCUGCUUAGCUCCCAAAUAAACCAGUGACCCUUACCUAUACUCAUGUGCUGACUUGGCUUGAAUCUGGGCGCGUCAGCCCAGAACAGCUGGGAUUUGCAUCUCCAUUACAAGGGGCAAACCGCUCAAAGGUAUGUCUUUAACUGACCACACGCUUGUCCUGAGGGGAGGAUGUUUAUCUGUCUGCCCCGCUGGUGUCAUGGUGGUCAACCAUGACACCAACUCGCCAAAACUGCUGAAUGAAACUGACCCUGAAUCUGUUCAGUAGACUAGAGUCUGAUGGCUGAAAUGUUACUUAAUGUUGACACUGAGUCGUACCUGAACGAUGAGCAUGGCUCCGGUCCGACUCCAGAGGUGGUCCAUCUGGGGCACAACUGCAGGUUUAAACCCAUAAUGGAAACGCAAAUCAACAGGCCGCGGUUUGACCCGGCUAGGCCACAAGGGCCAAUGGAGAAGUGUAGCAGCUGUAGUCAUCAGUUGACGUAGUGCGGUGCCAAGAUCCUUGGGAAAUCCAGGAGCUAAAAAGUAUAAUAUUUUGUCAUAUUCUCAUCUAUUGAAGUAAGGCUACUAUUAAUGAGCAGCCAAUUUAAUUCGUACAGGUUUUUUUAUUUCUAUUUUUAUUUUGCAAGACGGAGGUUAGGCUCAGUGAGUUGUUGCUCUGCUUCACAAACACUGGUACAUUCAUAGACAAUUACCUGGGCUAAAGGUGUAUACACUGUGUAGAUCUAGAUAACCUUUACAUUGUUUGUCAGUUUUUAUUUUUGCUGUUUUAUUACUUUGCUGUGGUUUUGCACAUGAAACUGACCAUUUGUGGUAUACUAUUUUACGAGUGUUUCAAUAUUUUGCGCAUUACUCCUCAGUGUAAUGAGUUGGAUGUCAACAGUUUGUGUGCCAUAGGAAAAGAUGAGUCCUAGCAGAAACCAAAUGGGAAGACAGUGAAGUUGUUGUCCACAACUCCAAUCGAUUUUUCCCUAGUUUCAAUUUCAUCAUUUUAUUCUUUGAUAGAAUAUAAACCAUUCAUCAAAUGACUCAUUCAUUUACAAUGACUUGCAAGUUGAGUGUGUGUGACUGCAAGAUAAAUGUAAUGUUAUCCUAAAUCGACCUAAAAGCUCCCGGGCACAUAAUGACAAUCGGUUAGGUUGUAAGACUUAACCUUAUUAGCCAUAAAGACCUGAACCACCACACUGACCCAGAAACCCUCUAUCGCACUCAUUUUCUAUUUUUAUAGCUUUUUUAUUUAUAUUUACUGGUGAGAUUUGGUUUGAUUCUUCUAUUGUAAUGAACACAAAUGAAAAAGCAGCUUUAUAUAUUACUGUGGUUCUUAUCUUAAUUGUAAUAAUCAUUAUAAAGCCGGGUGUUUGAUGGGGCUGUUAAUAAAAAUAAAAUGCACAGCCCCCCAAGUUUCAACUGUAGAGGUCAAAGAAUUACCCUAGAAACAGACGCCCCCCCCUGCAACCACAACGAGGUGUCUAAACAUGGCUCUGGUAUUUAACCAUACCAUUGACCUAGAUAUAUGUAUGUUCAUAAUCUAUUAAAUGUAUUACUUCCAAAUGGUAUGAUUAAAAUUGAGCCCUGAUUCUGAGAGUCGCUAUGCUACAUACUCGCACUGCCAUGCAGAACAGUCAUUCAGUCACAUCAUUUAAAUGAGAAACAUGUGCUAUAAAACAUGUAUACUGUUGUACUAUCAAGUUUUUGUAUCUGUUUUAUAUUUUGUUGGCAUUCAUUUGUUUAACGCUCCUGAAAUACAUAACAAAUCCUGUGAAAAAAUUAUAUAUUUAGCACUUGUGUUCACCAAUCUGUCUCAUCCAAAAUGUUUCAUGAAACCCCCCCAGACUAUUACCAUAACCUAGGUUAUGGUAAUAGUCUGAUACAACAUGGUCAUGUCUCAUGUUGUAUCCAAACCUAAAUCGUACAUCAUAAGUAAUAACUUUUCUUCAUUUUUCAAAAAAGUUAUCAUAUUUACAUCCUGGGUCAACUAAUCAUCGUACUUUCAAAUAAUAACUUAACCUUUCGAUGUUUCACUCUUUUAGAUCAUCUUAACUCUCAUCAGGUACAGCCACACUAUAUUGCUUAAACAGAACAAUAAACGAUAUAUAUGUAGCUAGACAGAGACAGAGGACACUGGUAUCUAUAGCCUAGUUAUAACAAUAAAUACAUUUAUAGAGGUAAUUUCCUAAUUAAAAGGUUCUGGUCCAAUGUUGUGCAUUUCCAUGGCUAAAUUUACACUCACGUGAAACAAUAGACAUUUAAUAAAAUUGUAGAAUAAUUCAACAUAGAAAACAGCUAUAUGAUAUAUUAUGGUACACAUCCUGUUUUCCGCUACUUUGAAUGCGUCAUAUGGAGAAUGAUUGUAAAUUAAACUAUAACCACAGUACUGUACUAGUAUCUAUUUCUUCAUUUAUCUCCUUCCAGCAUGCAGCAGCAAGCAUUCUGCCGCAGGGCCAAAUCAAGGCAGCAAGUCAUUUCAGGGCAGGCGUUGCAGAUUGCAACGCCUUUGCUGUAAUUCAAAUUAUUAUUUUAUAUGCUCACCAAUAUCGGAUGCCCCGUUUUGCUUGAUAAAUGCCCUUUAAAGGUGAAAAUAACUAAGAAUCCCACUAAGGUUGGAACACAGGACCUUCUUACCAUCAGGCAGUUGGCUGAAUGUGGCCUUCAUGGGGAUGUGUUUGUGACUGCUAGUAUAACGUCUAGAAAAACGAGUGACCUUGGGUAAACACUGCUUUGUUUGAUUGACAGGAUACUUAUUCCAGGAUACCUAAAACAUACGGCAGUUUUAAAUUUUUUGCAAUCACCUGUGCUCAAAGUUGAAGGCUAGAUGUUAAAGAUCCCAUGCCAUUCUAUUUUAUGAUGCUUUAAUAUAGGUAAAAUGUGAUUUUAAUGGCAUGGGCUCUUUAAUGAAAUAAGUACAUACAUAUGUUGGGGGAACCCUGUGGACUGGCAUACAGUGGAACGCCCUAACCCUUAUAAGGUGUUCGGGUCUGUGGGACCCGUUUUCAGUUUUUAG